AUGACGCGUGACUAUUCCCUCGGGGGUUCCCCGGUGGUAAAAGGUUCCACCCCUUGGUCCUGGCCACUCUUCACGCGCUCUUUGCUGCUCUUACACCUUUUUCGGAAUCCCUGGGCUCCUGGAGCGGCUUCUAGCCCAGGGGCACCCCGCCCCCGCGGGGUUAGCACCUCUACCGCACUUCUCAGUUUGUGGGGAAAAGAGGGACCUCGGGACUCGCCCGGCACCCACCCCCCCUCCCCCCCAUCCUUUCCUAGCAUGAUCCCCUGCCUUCCUCCUGGGGGAGGAGAGGAAGAUCGGGAUAAAGACCCCAGUGACCAAGAAGAGGACUGUGGCUCAGGAGAAGAGAGUCUAGGAGACACAGGGAUCCCCCGACCAUACAGCCCCGAGCCUGGGUCCCCCUCAGCUCCAGCCUCACAGCUCCAUAGGGACCCAAUUCAGCCACCAAGUGCCAUGCUUCAUUUUGGUCAGAAGCUUCUAGGGCAUCAGAUUCCAGUUCUCACCCAGAGUCUCAAAGAGGGCAGCCAGCCAAAUCCCUGGGAGCCAGCCUAUGAAAAAGGAGCAGUAACUGAAAGGGCAGGGAAUUCUGGAUCUGGUAACUCAAUCUCCUUCAGAACCAUCUGGCAUCCAUCCUUCUGUGCCUUGUUUGAUGCCCAGGGCCAUGACUCCCAAUGCCUAGCUCCACCUGAAGUAGAGGGGAACAGAGAGAGCUCCCAGGGUGAUAAAGGUUUCCCAGCUCUCUGCUCUGAAGAUUUCUUUUUCUCCGACCCUCUCUUGCCUUCCAUUACUCGGAUUCCCCUUGGCCUGUCCCAAUCUCCCCAACAGAUCCUGAAGAGGUCUAGACAGCUUCUUGCCCCACCCCCCAUAAUGUCAGUCUGGACACCACCAACACCAGCUCCCAUCUUGACUUGGAGGUGUGGUCCUGAGAUAACUGCUGUUACCUGCCUACUUGAGAUGAGUCAGGGGGAGGUGGGGGGAGACUGAGCCUUCCCCAGUCCCACCCACUCCAAAGCCGGAUUCUAUUAUCUCACCUUUAUCUUACUCAUUUCUGCAAUACUCCUUGAGAAUUGAGGAAGGCUAACCCCCCCCCCCUUAUCUCUUGUUGCUAUAUUACAGUAUUGGGAAUGAAUAAGAGGGCUCCCUCUCCCCUCUUUUGCUGUAUUUGUUGUAUUGUUGUGGGGUUGAAUAAAGUAGUCAGGGUAAUUGUA